UUCUCCUACUUCCCCAAUUUCUUCUUCUUCAUCAAGUUGUUACUAGAGGCAGAGAGAGGGUCGAAAAUCUCCCCCUUUUCAUUUCUUUUGGCGGUGGCUACGACUGGGAGACUACCGUACUGUUGCUAUCAGGUCGUCCUCAGGUGGUACUGUUGCUCUAUCGCCUGUCACUUUGCGUCGUCGCUAUUCUGGUGGCUGUGGGGUGUGUUUGUUUCUUUUCCUCCUCCUCUUGCACAAUCUUCUCCUUAUUCGUGCUUCUAUUAUCAUGGGCAGAGGUCACUUACGAAGUCCCUACUAGUGCAAACUUUAAGCGAAGGUUGAUGAUUUGGGCUUCUAAACGUUGGAGGAGUUUCAAGACAUCAGUAGCUCGUAGAUAUGUGCAUGUUGAGGUGCCAGAAGGACAGCCUUGGCCUGAUCCUUGCAUGCAAUAUACAUUUUUGGAAGCAGCUACUUUUGAAAAAUUCUUCAAGCUUCGAAUUACACCAGAGGCUUUGGAAAGAAGGAGAAGGGCACAAGAGAUUAGGAGAAUGAAUAAUUGUCCUCAAAUAAUGUCUCAUGGAGGUUAUGCUUUGGUCGAUAAAGCCUUGAUGAAGGCCAAGAGGAUGAAGAGAGAAGAAGUUCAAUAUGAUCCUUCAAUUCUAUUAUCUCCACCAUCUCUAGUAUGUCGUGAUGAGAGAUGGAUCCACGCUCACCAAAAGAAGGAUGGGUCCUUUUCAAGCGAGUAUGCUCGUGAUGUUGUUGCCAAAAUUAAUGAGCUUAAACAAAAACAAUCUGAUAGAUCAUUCAUUCUAGAGGGAAGGAAUGACAUCUUGACUAUAACUAUAGGGAAACCAGAGCAUCCUGGAUGUGUUAGGGGAGUUGGAUUAGGGGUGAGCAUAAGGGAUGUAUUUGGACUACCUCGUCAAUGCCAUUCUUCAGGACUUGUGACAAGGGAGGAGAUGACUAUGAUAUUAGCUCAAGCAAGAGCAGAGGCAAGGGUAGAGGCUGAGAUUACCCUUGAAGCUAAAUUGGAAAAGAUGAAGGAGGCACAAUUAAGGGCCAUAGUCUUUAACUGAGAUUUUAAAAUUUCAUAAUCCAUAAUUGAGAUUAAUAUUUUUAGAAAGUCCUUAAUUAUCAUUUUCCCUAUACAUUUUCUCCCCAUUUAGAUAGCAAUUUAAGUGACCCUUUGCUGUUGAUCAGUAAUAGCAACAGUAAUGUUUUGACAAGCGACUAUACAAAAAAAUUUCGAAGGUUAUGAAAUUGGUAUUAGUGAA